CUUGUGAUCUACCCCAACUACAGACAUUUAGGACCAACCAUGUGGCACAUAGUUCUGCUCAAGACACUUGAAGAUUGAACUGAUGUGAUAUUUCUAUUUAAUUUUUUGUAAUGUAUACUUUCUAUCUGCCUGAACAAAAGGGUUUUUCUGGGAAGCCUGGUUCAGAGGGAACUCAGGGGCCUAUAGGCAUGUAUGGAUACCCAGGAUCUCUUGGUUUGCGUGGACAACCUGGUCAUAUAGGCCAAAGGGGGGAUCAAGGAGUAAGAGGCCAUGUUGGACAGCUUGGAAAGUUUGGACCUCAAGGUUUACCAGGACCUCGGGGUGAAGCAGGGCCUCCGGGACCUCAGGGUCACCAGGGAGAGCCAGGGCCCAGGGGAGUUCAGGGAGCACCUGGUCCCCUUGGCCUGCCAGGUGUUGUGGGAGUGAUGGGAAAGGGAGGUCCUCCAGGAUCCCCAGGGCCUGUGGGAGCGUCUGGGCCAAAAGGACCUGCUGGAUUGCCAGGUAAAGCUGGCAUCGAUGGGCCUAUGGGACAAACAGGGGGAAAGGGUGAGAGGGGGACAUUGGGACCUUCUGGAGAUGCUGGUCCUUCUGGCAUGGAUGGCCAACAGGGUCUUCCAGGUCGUGCUGGAGUAGAGGGUCCGCCAGGACAAAAAGGUGAACAGGGAGAGUCAGGCCCGUCUGGAAGGCCUGGAACUCUAGGACCUCCUGGAGAUCCUGGGCUGCAGGGCGUCCAAGGCCACCAGGGUGAGCGAGGGCUGAGAGGAAAACAGGGAGAUGCUGGUGUUCCUGGCCAUAUUGGUGAAAAAAAGGUCCCAAAGGAGAAAAAGGAGAUUUAGGGGCACAAGGAUUUGCUGGUUUGCCUGGGUUCCCAGGAGUGUUUGGGGUCAAAGGAGACAGGGCCAGUAAAGGAAACAAGG